UCUUAGUAGGAACUAUUUGAAUUCCCAGUCAGUCACACGUACACACACAUUACAAAUAUUCAUUGAACACAUCCAAAUCAAAUUGAAUUAUGCAAUGCUUGACUCGGGGCUCAGUGAAUACCCUGUAAAUGCAAAUGAAACGCUGAGUCGAGUUAGACGCCUUGUAAGCUUUGUGCACGUGGGGAACGACACGGAUUGCUUUCGUCGCGAUGCAAUGUUAACCAGCAGCAGUGAGAUGUGUGAAUUUGUUAAGAGCAAGUCGAGCUGCUCCUACUAUGUGGAAACCGUCAACUUGCUGGAACUGUAUUUCUGCACUUUUCAUUUGCCCUGGAAUAGUAGUAUUAUCUUUAUACUGAGCUUAAUUUAUAUGGCCCUACUUUUCAUUAUCUUCAUGAUUACAAAGUACUUUGGCCUGCCGAAUUAUGUGACCUUGAUGGAGUUGGUCCCGAUAUCUCAGUACACAUACGGCUAUGUGUUCUUUGGAAUGUACUUAAUGAUACCCGAUUACAUCCAGUUUAUGCUCAACUGCUCAUAUAUCAAAAAUUCCGAGGGCACAUUUACCUUGAGCAAAUUCUUGGGCGAUAAUCUGCGUUUCUUUGUCUUAGGGGUCAUGAUGCUCUGCAUCAAUGGGUACCAUGUGAAUGGCACUCUCUGGUGGAUCAAUAUGUUUAUUAUCUUCAUUGGCAUUUUCUAUUUGAAUUUUGUGGUGGGCCUUAAGUAUAGAACUGUCGGUGCACCCGAUCUACUCUAUAGCAAUGCUCCUUUAUUGACCUUCAAUGCGUAUACAUUUAUAUUCGUGCUUGUGAUUGUGCUUGUCUUGACUCUCCUCUUAUCGUAUCACAGCCACAUCAAGCAACCGCGUCAAGCAGUUGCUGAUGCAGUGAGUGUGGAUGAAGAAUUGCCACGGGUGUUCAGCGAUACGGAUAUGAACCGAACUCCCAUACGCGAUGAUCUCAGCUGCUAUAAGAUCUGGUGGAGCACUGUGAACGGCAAUGCGAAUAUGAAGGGGCGCAAUAAGAUCUUAAAAUUCCUUUUCAUUCCUGCCUACUUCGUGUUGGCCAACGUAAUACCCGUGAUAGACAAGCGACGUCCGAUCUAUGGCUGGUGCAAGAGUGUCAAUAUUUUGAGCUUUAUUAUAAUUCCAUUCUUAAUUCUCAGAACUGGGAGAGAAUUCGUGGCGUUUCUCUUAGUGUUGUGCUUCAGCUGGUUGUUUGCAUUGAUGGUGCUAAUCGCGUUCCACCCUCUGCGGCAGCCGGGCCGUCCACUACUCUGCAUCUAUGCUUUAGUUGGCACAAUCAUUACCAAUGUAAUCUUGUUUCACAUCACAGACGAGCUCAACAACAUGACCUGGCAGUACAUGACCAUGCGCUUUGAGAACAUAAGUGAGACGAUUGGCAUAUUGUUCUUCAGCACGGGCGAUAGCGCUUGGCUGAUCGUAUUGCUUUACAAUCUGAUCCAAACUAAUAGGCUGGAUGCAGCAUACGGCGCAGUCAUGAGCGUGGUAACCCAUAACAUAUACAUGACUCUACCUCUGCUCGUCCUUCAUGAGUGCUAUUCUGCCAAGAACUACUUCGUAUUCACCGCCAAAUUGGAGAGUUGUUAUGUAUUCUUUUUGGUCAUCCUUUGUGGCACCUUGCUCCACGUUUCGAUGAGUUCAAAUGAGUUUCGCAUGUCGCUCUUCCACUAUUUGAUCGCCAUGACCACCACAUUCAUUUUGUUUGAGAUGGCAGUCUUUUACCAAUGGCUACAUCCCUUCGGUGCGCUCACUUAUAAAACGCCGCCCAGGGAAACAAUUCUGCACUGGGCCUAAGGCAGCACCGGAUAAUGAAUAAAAGCGUGUCUGACGCAGCGCAGAGAGAUUGCCUUGUUGUCAUUGAGCAAGCUUGGGAUGUGCGAAAGACAAUGAAGAAUGAAGAGUCAAACUGUUUUUAGCCGCUGUCAACUACUUUUGAGGCAAUACAUUUUCAUCAAGUUGCAACUUGGAGAAGGGACCCCUUAAACAGCUUAGCCAACUGUAGAGAUUGGUUUUCGCUGUGUCGAUGGUUGAAUAAUAAACAUUUACAGUCAAUGAUACCAAAAGUUAAAAUCUGUUUGUGAUCGGGUAUUUGAAUUGGGGAAGCAACAGUAGAAGAAGGGGAAUUAUGAUGAGCACAAUGGGAACACGUUUC